CCAGGCGCGCGUCGUUGUCGCGCGAGGCCGGGGUUACUAGAGUUCAAAGAUUUGUGGGUCCUCGCGCUCACCGGGCGGAGGAGCGGUGCCUCGGCUGUAGAUGGGCUUGUCUCCUAAAAAAACAUGAUUCAUUUCACUAACGUGACCGGAAUCACGUUUCAACGGAACAUCCUUUAUGCUUGUGGUCUAGAGAGCUGUGUGUCGAGAUGUUGUAUACGCGCCAGUCGCAGUUUGGUUAAAAUCCUGACCGCACCAUCUGUGCAGUGUCCAUAUGGCUGCUUGCUAAACGCAGCACCCCGUAUCAAGUAGCCGAAUACUCAGUAGUUUAGAUUUCAAUAGCGCGAAUCAAUAGGUCUUUUGAUCCUCUGUAAUGGAGUGUGCAUGGUUUCUCAUCUGCACACUUUAAUCUUGACUUUUGUGCGCGCGUGUGUGCCCUCGUCCUUUUUUUUCCCCCACCCGUGGUACCAAGUAGCCUGUCAGGAAAAGGUAAUGAGGUCUGUGGUCUUGAGUGAGGGGCCGUGCAGAAGGGGACUGUAGGAACAGAAGAGCUGACGCUGGUGUGCGUGCGCCCGUGCGUGCGUGUGUGUGUGCGCGUGUGUGUGUGUGUGAGGCGUCAUGGGUGUGUUGGCCUGGCUGAAGAGCCAGUUCAUUCUGCAGCUCCUCAUCGGGUUUGUGUUCGUGGUCAGCGGCCUGAUCAUCAACUUCAUCCAGCUCUGCAGCUGUGUGAUCUGGCCCGUGAACCAGCGGCUGUACCGCAGGAUCAACACUCGUCUCUCCUACUCGCUCUGGAGCCAGUUGGUGAUGCUUUUGGAAUGGUGGUCAGGAACAGAGUGUACGCUGUACACUGACCACGCCACGGUGGAUAAGUUUGGCAAAGAACAUGUCAUCAUCACCCUCAACCACAACUUUGAAAUUGACUUCCUGUGUGGCUGGACCAUGUGCGAGCGGUACGGUGUUUUGGGGAGCUCCAAGGUUCUGGCGAAGCAUGAGCUGCUGAAAGUGCCUCUGAUUGGAUGGACCUGGUACUUCCUGGAGAUCGUGUUCUGCAAGAGAAAGUGGGAGGAAGACAGGGAGACCGUGUUCAAGGGGCUCCGCCAGCUCAGGGACUACCCCGAAUACAUGUGGUUCUUGUUGUACUGUGAAGGGACCCGGUUCACGCAGAAGAAGCACCAGAUCAGCAUGCAGGUGGCGGAGAGUAAAGGCUUGCCCAAGCUGAAGUACCACCUACUGCCUCGCACCAAGGGCUUCACUACCACCAUGCAGUGUCUGAAGGGAACGGUCAAAGCUGUGUACGACGUCACGCUGAACUUCAAAGAUAAGGAGAACCCCACACUGCUGGGCAUCGUCAGCGGCAAGAAGUACCGAGCCGACAUGUGUGUGCGCCGUUUCCCAGUAGAGGAGAUCCCCGAUGAUGAGAAGGAGUGCGCUGACUGGCUCCACAAGCUCUACCAGGAGAAGGAUGCGCUGCAGGAGCUUUACGAGAAGGAGGGCCGCUUCCCCGGACCCACCAUCAAGCCCAAGCGCCGCCUGUGGACACUGCUCAACUUCCUGUUCUGGGCCACGCUGCUGCUCUCGCCGCUCAUCAACUUCGCCUGGGACGUCUUCAUCAGCGGCUCGCCCCUCCUCAUCGUCGGCUUCCUGCUCUUCCUAAUUAUUGCCUCUGUAGCUGUGCGCCGUCUCAUUGGUGUAACAGAAGUGAAGAAAACUGGAUCCAGCUACGGAAACACGGAAGCCAAGAAGGAGAACUAGACACUUCCCCGCUGGUCCAUCCACCCGGGGCCACUUUGCAGUAGCUCAGGCAUGGGGUUGCUCGCCUGUGCAGUCAUCCUCCUUUUUAACAAUUAAAAAAAAAAUCUGAAAAUAUUAAUAUAAAUAGUUAAAACAAAAGUCAACAAGGCACGUGGGGUUUGGGAAAUCUAGUUAAUUCUAAAUUUAUAAGAUAGAGUAACAUUAAUUUUGAUGAUUGUUGAGAACAAAGUGAGACAAGGGGGGGCGAAAAUAAACAACAAACCGAAAAACCCCACAUACCAGUAUGAGAUCCUGAGUGAGGCUCAUCUCCCUUGGUUGCUAAGAGUGGAGAUGGCAACCUUAACUGAACAAGGACAUGGCACCGAAAGGGUUACUGGCAUCUUGCUCCUCCCCUCCUUAGCUCCGCCCUUGUCACUAGUUUAAGACCCAGCCUCCUCAGGGGUGUCCACACAGCCACAUAGUUUGAAUUGUUCCAUUGCAACCACUUCCUGUCCCAGAUGCUCGAGUUCCUGUCCAUCAAUCUAUGUACUCCUCCUCUGAGAAGUGUGCCUCUGUUGUGUUUCUCUGCACGGCUACCCGGCUCUCCCGCCAUUCACUCUCCAGCUUUGAUGGACUUCUCGAGAUGCUACAACGCAUCAUUCCCCAUCCUCCAUUUUUCCAGGUUUCGGGGAAAGCACUUGGCUCGGAGCCACAAACGAGAACUUGGACUGCAUUUGUUCGGCGCCAGCACGGACUUACGUGGUUGUUUUGUCUGGGCCAGCCAAGCCCAUGUGACCAUCCUGCUACUGAGUUAGUCGGGUAACUUUGGUGCACUGAGAAAGUCCUUGGUCUGUUUGUUACUAAUGUAGUCAGUAAGCAUUGAUAUGCAAUGAUUAACAGCAGGUUUGCUGUUUAACAUGCAGUGUUGAUACUUGAAUUCAAUGAGAAGAGAAGAGUCCCCAGUGGCAAGCAGAUCUGUCUAGUGAUUCAUUUUCCUUUGCUCUGGGGGUAGUGUAGUGCAAGAAGACGGGUGACGGGUUUAAUCUCGUUCUGUGUAAAUCUAACAAGAUCACGUGGGUUUAUGUACAUGAGCCCACAAGAAAUGAUUUGUGGCAUGACUGACUGAAUGAACAUAAAUUAACUCUAGGUUAGGUCUGUAAACAUUAUGGUAACUGUUGAUUACUUGAAGAUGGUUAGUGCAGAACACCUGUAAUGUUGUUGGGGGUUUUUUUGUGUGUGUGUGUGUGUGUGUGUGUGUGUGUGUGUGUGUGUGUGUGUGUGUGUGUGUGUAAAAUGUUUUCUAACCAACAGUAAUGUAUAGGUUAAAUGGGGCUGAUUUGGGGGCACCCUAGACCAAGUGGAUAAUCGCAAAAGGUCAUAUUCAAUCCAGUUUCCUUCCGAUUCUGUAGUCCGUUCACUGAGACACAGCUGUGUAGCACAUGCGAUUGUUAGUCCUUUUGGCUGCAUUGAGUUGUAAAUAAAUUUCAGGAAUUUCUCCUGAGUGUUGACAGUACUCCAGUAACUGUUUCCAGUAAGCAUUUAGCAAUAGCAGGGGUUUUGAAGGGAAGGAAAUUAAAAUGUCACCAUUGUAGCAGUGCUCUGUCAAUCACUCACACAUGCUCCCGCCUCACAGUAGUCCAAACAGCAAGGAAUUUUCCUAUUCGCAUUCUCAUAUCAUUACCCAAAGGCUGUUUGUGUUCACCGGUUGAGCAUUACGCUACCUUGAAUUGAACCGUGCCACCCCGUUUUUCGUUUGUUUCAGGGAGGGUUGUGUGUUUUGUUUGCCGCCCAGAUCUAUAUAAGCCUUAAGAGAAUAGCGCAGCUGCUUUGUUUAGUGUGUUCAUAUAGCGAACCCUUUAACUUCUUAACUAAAAGAUACAUUUAGGUCUCGGAGACUAAGGGGUGCCUUGAGCCGUGCAAGUUUUGUUGAGAUAUCUAUGCAUCAUGUGUUGUGUUGUCUUUCAAUCUGUUCAGAUGGUAUAAACGCUUUCUGCUGUUGUACAUGUCGUUCGUACAGGCGUCUUUCAUGCCGAAGAUCUGUGCUAUGGGGGUGACGCAGAGGUCACCCGGCAGUGUGGCCUGCAGUUGGCCCUUAAGGUCGUAGUUCAUUUAUGAAAUGCAUGUCAUGCUUUGACCCAGUUCAACCCCUGAAGGAGCGACGGUGGACCUAUGAAAAGGAGAGUAGUGUCAUUCUGUUUUGUUUUGUUUUUUUGCAAAUGCAUUAGUGGUUAGAAAAGAUAUCAACCCAAUGUUACUUACCCUUUUUCCCCUCUUUAAACACCAUGACACAUCGGGACUAGAGUGCAGUGUAAGUAGGGGGAAUUGUGCGCUAGUUUUCCUUUUUUAAGCACUGGUGUAUGCAGUGGCUUCAUAUCAAAGGCAUUUUUCACGAACACUCCAGGAUUGAAAGUGCUGAGCUAGUUAGGCUUUCCCCUUUGCCCCGACGGAAAACUGUCAACAAGCAAAACGGGCCAAGAAUCAGCAGUUUUUACUGCGAGACGCUUUGCGAAAACGGCCUCUCAGUCGACUCGAGUGUGAGUCUGUGCGAGAAGAAAAAAAAUAUUUUAAAAGGAGUGUUUUUCACAGGGAUUUCUGUAGUGUGUAUGUUGAAACACCCUCCAUACUAAGUUCUGUAUUAGGGAGAGUUACCAUGUCAAUGGGAUUGCAUAUAAAUAUUUAAAAAAAAUAUAGUCCAUUAAAAUCUCCAUUUUUUUCCCCCCUCCUUUUUUGUAUUAUCUACCAAACCAAUUAAAUAAUUCCGUACAUGCUA